AAUAAAUAUUUAUUAUUCUAAAAGUCAAAUAAAAAAUUGCAUCGAUCACAGUAUUCUAUUUUUUUUCCCCUACAGGUGACAUUUCGAUCAAAGGAAUUGAACAAAUCGACUCUGAGACCGAGGCAUGUGAAUUUGUUGAACAAAAGGGUCCCGUCAAUUGAAGAGAUGAACACUCAGGAAAGCAAAACACCUGAAAGGUACUGUUACAUAAUUUCGACAAUUUUCUAAAUUUAAUUCUCGACCGUUUGAAAUGUAGAAAAUCCCAACAAAGGCAGGAAAAGCAUUUCUCAAGGAGCAACGAGCAGAGUAACAAAUCCAGCUUGCGAAGAGACAUGGCAAGAUGUUUCCAAGAAUCAGAAUUUGGCCCUACGAUGCAACAAUACUGUUUCAACAGUACUCUUCACGGUCUGAAAUACGUAGGAGACUCAACCCUGUCAAUUUGCGAGAGGAUCUUCUGGAUCCUCUCAUUCGCCUCCGCAGUAGCAACAGCAGCAUAUUACAUCUGGAUCUCAUAUAACAAAUGGUCCCUGAAUCCAAUAAUAAUUUCCUUAAGUCCCGAGCCAGUAUCACUUACAGAAAUACCGUUUCCAUCUGUCACCAUCUGCAACAUGAACAACGUAAAGAAAUCUGAAGCCACUCGGAUAAACCAAGGGUACGGUACAACCUAAACAUUUCCUCUAUCGAGAGGAAAAUCUUCCACCAAAGAGAAUUUUCUGCUCGAUAGAAUUAACACAAAGAAAUUAAUUAUAAUCACAGGAAGGACA